AUGCAAUGUAAAAACACCAUACAAACAAACAAAUACUACAAACAAGUAAUUAAAGGAGCAGAAAGGGAUUCUUGUGGCCAUCAGGCUGAAGAUUUGGAGAAUCAGGAAUUCAUCACUACUUAUGCUGAGGUUAUCGCACUCAUUUGUGAGUACAAUAAUCUCUCAAAUGAACUUGUGGCAACAUCUUCAGAUGUCCAUGCAGGCAUAGAUGCUUUGCUUGGGCUCAGGAAGGAUUGUAAGAUGACAACAACAUUACCAAGCUCAGACCAUUUAGAUUUUGUCCUAAGUCAGGUGAAUUCCCUGGCCUCGCAUGGUGACAGUUCGCUGCGGUCCAGCAGUGGUAAAGAAGCAGAACUUGGAAAUGGCCAUGAUGGUUAUUUGAGUAGUGAGGAAAUUUAUAUAAAGGAAGAGCCAAUUGAACCAAUGGAGGAACCAUCCAAUAGAGAAGGUAUGGCUCCAAAACAUAAGGUUGAUUCAGCUGAUGGCAGUGCAUCAAACAGAAAAAGUAUCCCACUGGAUUUGAAAUUAGAAGUACUUAUGCGUUUAGAGAAGGGAGAAUCCCACAGGAAUAUCGCUCGUGCAGUGGGCAUACCUUGUUCGACAGUCAGUGGGAUACUAGAGAAUAAGAAACGUAUCCUUGAAAAGGUCAAACGUGCUUCACCUAUGACAGCGGCCAUUGCAAUGAAACAGUGCAUUUUUGAGGUAGAAAGAUUAUUGUUGAUCUGGCUCGAAGACCAGAACCAGCGGCGUAUUCCAGUGAGCCUUGGUGCCAUUGAAGAGAAGGCUAGAAGGUUACAUCAGGCAUUAAAAAGUGAAAGGGGGGAAGGGAGUUCAAGUGAACAGUUUGUGGUGAGUAAAGAUUUGUUUAAUCGUUUCAAGACUCUUGCUAAAUUGCCCAAUCUGAAGGUGCCAGAUGAAGCUGCUCGUGCUGAUGAGGAAGCAGUUAUUAAAAGUUUUCCUACUGGGUUGGCUGAGAUAAUUAGGGAGGGGGGUUACUUACCCCAGCAAGUGUUUAAUGUGGAUGAGACAGGCUUAUUUUGGAAGCGUUUGCCUAGUCGUACGUCCAUCUCCAAGGAGGAGAAGUCAGCACCAGGUCAUAAAGUCAGUAGGGAAAGAUUGACUUUACUUCUUGGUGGUAAUGCUAGUGGUGACUUAAAACUUAAGCCUUUGUUAGUGUAUUUGGCUGAGAAUCCAAGGGCAUUCAAGGGAAUUUUGAAAAGUCAACUCCCCGUCAUUUGGAAGUCUAAUCAGAAGGCUUGGGUUACACUUUGUAUCUUUGAAGACUGGUUUACAAAUCACUUUGUGCCAACAGUGAAGGAAUAUUGUAUUCAGAAGAAUCUGCCCUUUAAGGCUUUGCUUGUGUUGGAUAAUGCCCCUGGACACCCUUCACAAUUGGAUUACAUGCAUCCUAAUGUGAAGGUAGUUUACUUUCCCCCAAAUACUGCUUCCAUUUUGCAACCAGUGGACCAGGGUGUCAUGGCCUCCUUCAAGGCCUAUUACCUCCAAAGGAUGAUGAACAAUGCCUUCGAGGCCAUUGGAAGAAACAAGGAGUUGACUUUCAAGGAAUUUUGGAAGUCGUACAACAUUUUAGAAGCUGUGAAGAACAUUGCAGGUGCUUGGGACGAGGUACAGCAGACCAGUAUGAAUGGGGCCUGGAAGAGACUAUGUCCACAGUUUGUGAAUGACUUUAUAGGAUUUGAGGAGUUCAAGACACUCGAACUUCAAAGUGUCACCAACAAGAUUAUUGGAAUAAGUAAGGAGCUGCAUUUGGAGAUAGAUGCUGAAGAUGUCAACGAACUGCUGGAAUCACAUGGAGAGGAAUUAUCUGAAGAGGACCUCAUCCAGUUGGAGAAACAGGUGAUCGAGGAGGAGGAAGAGGCACCAGUCCCAGACCCCUUGUCAUUAAGUGAUAAGGGCUUGUCAGAAGCUUUUUUCCACAUAGAGAAAGCAAUGGCAUUGUUUGAGGCUGUGGACCCCGACAUGGAAAGGUACACCAAGAUACUUGGAGAGGUCAUGGAUGGGCUCACUUUUUAUAGGGUGAUUUUAGAGAAGGAGGAGAACAAGAAGAGGCAAACUUAUAUCAGAAAGCACUUUCCAACACCAUUUGCCAUUCCAAAAUUGAGCCUUUCUCCUAACUCAGUUACUUUCCCACCCUUUGGGAGUGGAGAUAAGACAGCGAAUGUAAUGGUUAAUGAUCAGUCUUCUCUUGUUGGUGAAUAUGGCCAGGCGUAUAGACAAGUGCUCUAA